AUCCAGGAUGCCCAUGUGUAUUCCAAUAUACGGCUGCUACAUAAGAAGGGGUACCAACCCUUUUGUAUAGUGUACGCAUAAGGCAUCUUUCUGCAUCUAUAUUACCUACAUACGCGAUACUACGAUACACAUCUGAACAAUGUCUGAUUCGCCAAAACGAGGUAUCAUAUUUUCUGGAGGCGCUUUUCACCCGGCCCACUUCUUCGACAUCAUCAAGCAGCGUCUUCAAGAUGCCAAAAUAUUCGACCCUGUGUUGGUAUCGGCGCACCCGUCGCUGGGCAACGAUAGCCGAGGAAAGACGCUCUGGGAUGACGUUGAGGCUUUGCGAGCACAGAUGACUCCCUACGUCGACGACGGGACGGAAUUUAUCGUCGUAGGCCAUUCAUAUGGUGGCUUUCCGGGGUUCGCAGCCACCGAAGGUUGGACCGUCGAGCAACGCGCAGCCGCUGGUAAGAAGGGUGGUAUACGUGCCGUAGUAUUCAACGCCGCACCAGCUCCCCUAGUCCGGGGGAGCACGGCAAUUGGCGUCUUCGAUGAUGGUGUCGAACAUGAGUAUCCGCCCUUCCUAGAGCACGGUCCCCAAGGAGAAAAAGGACAACUCGCCUAUCCCGCCAAAAUCAGCAAACAUUCUUUUUAUAAUGACCUCGACAAAAGCAAGGCAGACGAAUUAUGGGAUACCCUCGUACCCAUCUCCCAGGAAGCUAUCGAGACUCCGACCAACUACCUUGUGACUGAUGUCAACCUACCAUAUUACUACAUUCUGUGUGAGAAGGACGCGACCGUGCCACGCGAAAUACAACAGGCUGUCGCAGAUGCCAUUCCCGGAUGCACUGUAUUCAACAUCGACGCCGGACACACUGCCUUCGUCUCACAACCCGCUCGUUUUGUCGAAAUACUUGAGCAGAUUAAGGAGGAUGUCUUUGCGGCGAAUCGCAAAUAGAAACAUCUACUAUGACGUUCGCUCCCCUAGCA